AUGACAUCAAAAAGGACAACAUGCGACGACGACGAAGAAAGUUUGCAGAUUCUUGAGAAACCGCCCGGUGGUCUAAAACCCAAUGCUCUCCAUAGUGAUGACCUCCUCCGUAUGGGAAGAUACUCAAUAUUUCUUUGUAUUUUUGUGGAGGUCGCCAUGCUGUCACAGCUGUCGAACACUAUGCUUAUGGUGUAUGCAGGCGCCGCUCCUACCAUCAAAUCUUGUGGGAAUCUUACAUUUGCCUCCAACGAAGAAGCAUGUGCUAACUAUAAUUACUGUAAGGAGCAAAAUGAUAUGACGUUUGAGCGACAGUUUUAUGGGAUUACUGAGCAGUUCAAAUUACUCUGUGAAGAUGCGAAACUGGAAAAACUCGGCACAUCCAUCCAGAUGAUUGGUGUGAUGCUGGGGUGCCUGGUAUUUGGACAAAUUGGAGAUUUAUAUGGAAGGAAGAAACCAAUGAUGUUCUGUCUUUGCAUGUGUUUCAUAUUUGGGAUCUGGUCGGCGCUUUCCUCGGAUUUUAAGAAAUUCACGAUUUUCCGCACAAUUCUUUGUUUCUUCAAUGGGGGACAGAGCACCAUCUCCGUUGUCUACAUGAUUGAAAACAUCCCAAAACGAUCUAGAGGAUACAUCUCAACUCUCAUCAGCUACUCUCCAAAUGUGAUCCUACUUGGAAUCCUUGCAUUUUUCUUCCAAGAAUGGGAUCGGCUGGUAUUGGUUAUUUCGUUUUUGACAGUACCGGCAAUUGUGAUGUUGGCAUUCCUCCAUGAAAGCCCCCGAUGGCUCAUGCAGAAAGGAAAAGUGCUCCACGCUAAAAAAGUGUUUCUCGCUAUUGAAAAAUUCGACGGAAUCCCUGAAUCAAAAUCAUUGAACGAAAUUGAACUCGAGAGUUUUCUCGACAACGAACACGAUACACAGAUCUCGGAAUCCAACACUAAAGUCGGAAAACAACAUUCAUUUUGGCAUUUGUUCAAGACAAGAGAGAUUAUGACGGGCACUUUUGUCAUUGCUUUUACAUUUUUCGCGACUACAUUAAUCAACUACUCUAUUAUGUUCAACUUGGGAGCAGUCGCUGGUUCCAUCUACAUGAAUUCUAUUCUAAUCGGACUACUCCGCUACUCAUUCAGUCUGUUCAGUGGACUAUUAGACUAUAAAUUCGAGAGAUUCAAUCGAAAAAUGUGUCAUGGAAUCUGCAGUGUCGUAACUAUAUCUAUCAUCGCUGCUAUAAUAGUUUUUUGCUUGACGGACACUGCUUCCACGUUCUCAACAUUAAUCAGAAUUGGAGUAUUGUUAUCUUGUGCUAUGACAUCUCAAGCGAUAAUUGUAGCAAGUAUUGCGUCGAAUGAGUUGAUGCCAACUGCAAUUCGAUCUAUCUCUUAUUCAACUGCACAGCUUUGCUCGAGAUUUGGAAUCGUGUUCGCUCCACAUGUUUUCCAUUUGAAUCUCUACACCGGAAUCGACUUCCCAGAGCUACCUUAUGCUAUUCUUCUUGCCAUUGGGCUAGCGGAUUUCUUCUUUUUCAGAUUCCUAAUCCCGGAAACCAAAAACAAGCCACUCGAAGAUUUUAUAAGGAAGAAGACAGUUGUGAACGAUGAGGAAGAGGAAGAUAGAGUGUAG